AUGUUAGGAAGAAAUCUCACAAUUGUGGUGGAAUUUAUUCUUCUGGGAUUUUCUGACCUACCCAAACUUCAAGAUGUUCUAUUUGGAAUUUUCUUGAUCAUGUACAUGAGUAUUCUGUUAGGGAAUGGUCUCAUCAUCCUAAUAACCAAGAUUGAUCCAAGUCUUCAAACACCCAUAUAUUUUUUCCUUGGAAAUUUUUCCUUCUUGGAAAUACGCUACACAUCAGUUACUCUCCCAAGAAUGAUGAUGGAUCUUUGGACAAAGAAAAGAAAUAUUUCUUUCUUGGACUGUGCUCUACAACUUUGCUUCCUACUUAUGCUAGGAGGUACUGAGUGUUUGCUUCUGGCUGUGAUGGUGUAUGACCACUGUGUGGCCAUUUGUAAGCCUCUCUAUUACUCUCUAAUUAUGAACUACAAAGUGUGCAUUCAAUUGGUCAUUGGCUCUUGGAUCAGUGCAAUGACAAUUAUGAUAGGGCAGACAUACCAGAUUUUCUCUCUGCCCUUCUGUGGAUCUAAUAAACUUAAUCAUCUUUUCUGUGAUAUACCCCCAUUACUGAAGCUAGCCUGUGGUAACAAACUUACGAAUGAGUUAUCAAUCUAUAUUGAUACUGUGGUGUUUGCUAUAGUUCCAUUUCUUUUUAUCCUUGGGUCCUAUAUCAAAAUCAUAACUACUAUUCUGGAGAUGCCCUCAGUCACUGGGAGAUAUAAAGCCUUUUCCUCUUGCUCUUCCCACCUCAUAGUUGUAGUGUUAUUCUUUUUUUCUGCUAUCAUUACAUAUUCAAUACCCAAGUCCAAUAGUUUGUCAAGUAUGGACAAAGUACUCUCUCUUUUCUACACUAUUGUGACACCAAUGCUUAACCCCAUGACAUAUAGUUUAAGGAACAAGGAUGUAAUUGCUGCCCUAAAGAAUUUAUUACCUAAAUGGCUUGUAUUAUGA